CAAACUUCUCGUUGGUUAUCCAUGUAUGUCAAACGGACAUCAACAAAACCCUAGGCGUAGGGUUUUAAGUCGGUGAAAUUGCUAACGGCCAUGCCAGACUAACUAGCGAUAAUCAAUUUUUUGGUGUUGAACCCUUUUCCGGUUCUCUAUCUGUCUCCGGCCACUAUCACUUCUCCCCAUUAGUAAAGUCUCUUAAAGUAAAGUUCGAGAAACAGUACCGUAAAAUGGAUGCGAGAUUGACGAAUGCAUGGCGAAUGACUGUGAAUGAGAAGAAAUUCAUCGAGACUGCUUUGGCUUCGGACCUGAGAAUUGACGGUCGCAAUCCCCUUGAGUAUCGUAAAAUCACAGUCAAAUUUGGCAGAGAAGAUGGGUCAUCGGAGGUGCAGCUAGGCCAGACUCAUGUAAUGGGUUUUGUGACGAGUCAGCUGGUUCAACCUUAUCGAGACCGACCAAAUGAAGGGUCACUUUCAAUUUUUACAGAGUUCUCGCCCAUGGCUGAUCCUUCAUUUGAGCCAGGCCGUCCAGGAGAAUCUGCAGUGGAGUUGGGCCGAAUAAUCGAUCGUGGUCUAAGGGAAAGCAGGGCAGUGGAUACAGAAUCACUUUGUGUCCUUGCUGGGAAGUUAGUAUGGGCCAUCCGAAUUGAUCUUCACAUCUUAGACAAUGGGGGGAACCUUGUUGAUGCUGCCAAUAUUGCUGCUUUAGCUGCUCUCUUGACAUUUCGGAGGCCAGAAUGCACAUUAGGAGGAGAAGAUGGUCAGCAAGUGAUAGUACAUCCACCUGAGGUGAGAGAACCACUUCCAUUGAUAGUGCAUCAUCUUCCUAUAGCAGUAACUUUUGCAUUUUUCAACAGUGAGCACACCAUGGUGAUAGAUCCAACCCAUAGUGAGGAAACUGUUAUGGGGGGGAGAAUGACUGUUACAGUGAAUGCGAAUGGUGAUAUUUGUGCUAUUCAGAAAGCUGGAGGAGAGGGUGUGACACAGAGUGACAUAAUGCGAUGUUUGCGAAUUGCAUCCAGGAAUGCUGAGUCCAUAACAAAGAAGAUAAAAGAUGCUGUUGAGGCAUACAAUACGGAGAGAGCAUUACGCAAAAUCAAGCGCCACUCUACUUCUGUUGCUGUCAAUGUUAGCACAUCUGGUGGUGAUGUCAGAGAGCAUGAAAGUAAAUCUUUCAUGCAAAAGGGCGUUAGUGAAUUGUCAAAAUACCAGAUGGAGAGAUUGAAGCUAGUGUCUGAGGAAAGCUGUACCAGCCAAAGUAAUGACACAGAUGGUGGUUUGAGGUCAUCUGAACAAGGUGGAACUAGUUGCCGAGAGGGCAAUGCUACAAAUUUCCUUGGUGGGCCUUCAAGCUGGGAUCCUUAUUCGAGGGGUGUUGAUUCCGGCUCCCUGAAAGAUUCUCUAGCUUCAUGUGGGAUAUCAACACCCAAUAGACAAAAAGGAGCUGAGCAAAAGGGCACUCCAAUUAAGGAAGAUGAAAUAGCUGAAGAUACUGAACUAGCUACUGAUGCAUCUGGAACUGAGCCUCAAAUAAGUGGAGAGAAGACUUUGAAGGAUGCUGUAAAGCCCAAGAAAAAGAGAAGAAAAAAGGCAUCCUCCAGCAAUGCAAGUUAGAUGAACUUCUGACCUGAGAAAUUUCAUAAUUUCUUCAUAUUCCGGAGGGAAGUCCCUUAAACUCCAUCUGUUAAGUUGGAGGGUAGAUGGUGUUGCAAGUUUCACACCAUACUGGAUGGUAAAUGACAUGGAGGAAGCAAGAGUAUCCAGUGUGCUUAAUUGAAAACCAUAAUGAGAGUUGGUCCUUCACAAACAACAUAAGUUGGUUUUGCCUGCUAAGGAGUCAGGCAUCGCAUGUUGAUCAAAUGGAUACCAUUGCAUUGCUCAAGUUGCAUCUUCUUGGAUCUUUCGUUUUUUUUUUUUUUCAAAAAAAGAAUUUUGGAUUGAUUAAUGUAUUAGAGAUGUUCUCUUUUUCUGAGUCUCCAUUCCCCCAGUGGUUGGGGCAUGCAACAAGUUCGGCAAAUUUGUCAUUUCAGGAAGAGAAGAAAUUGAAAAAUUAUUUUGCCAA